UGACACUUGCGUUGCGCGAGUAGGCAUGCACACUAUUCGGAGUAAAUUAUGCACUUUUCAUGCAAAGAAUUGCAGCCGAGCGAAACUCGAGAGCGAAUUUCUUAAUGUGGUACCUUACUCAUCGCAACUCAGUGAUGAGAUUACCAUUACCCGACUUCGACUGAAGGAUAAUAAUGAUGAACUUCUCGGAAAACCAUUUUCGGAGUGUUUGCGAUGCUGAAUUUGGGUGAAAAUCUUGUCGUAUUACAUCCGCCUAAUUUACCUCUACCCUUCGAGAACUGGAGUUCGAUCCUGACCUACACAGUAAAAUGUAUGACAAGUAUCAAAUGGCUAAAUCUAAUCUAGUUUGUCAGCAUGCAACACACUCAAUGGGAACUUGAAUUAAAAUCGUAUCAAACAGAUGUCGCAUUUUCCAGGAAUAUGAUUCAAUUUGAAUGUAAAUUUGAAAAUAAUGUGACAAUUGCCAUUCAUCCGGCAAGCAGUAAGUAAUGCGUCAACAAAAUUGCGAUAGGGUUGGAGAUGUUUAUAAAAAUGUCCAAGAGGGCGAAUCGUACGAUCACUUGCCUGAACGGUGCGUUUCGUGUGCGGUCUCUUGGUGUGGAGAGGUUAUUGUGUAAAAGAUGUUUCUUUUGGGAAGUCUUGUUCUGCUGGUUAGUGUGACGCAGCGGUGCGUGUCGGAAGCGAGCGCAUCGCAAUUUACGUACGUUGAGGGAAAUGUGUCCUGUACGAUCAUUAAUCUCACCAGCGAUAGUGACACUAAGGACUACGCUUUUCUCACCAAUAACACGGAGGAGCUGGUAUUCAACAAGGCCAGCAUAGACGUGCUCGAUCUAACCAAGCCGCUCGCCACCAUUGCACCUUGGAAGAUUCUGAUAAGUCACUCGAAUGUUACGCGCAUAAUUUUCCCUGCUCAGAUGAGUCCGAGCGUAGUGCAUCUGCUGGAAAUGAACGUUGACGAUGUGAAUUUCGAUGAGAACAUUAGCUUGCAAGAUUUGCGAGCGGACUACACGUCGCUGCAAGUGAUUUCGCCCACGGUAUCGAAGCUGCACGCGCUGGACAUACUCUGGGUAACUCAUUCCCAGCUGGCCAACUUUAGCUUUGACGUGCUAGAAAACUCCUCCGUGUCCCUGCUGUAUCUGGUGAGCAACAAGAUUGAAUCGGUAACGAUUUCGCCGGGGGUGGUGUGCUGCCAAAGUUUGGAAGAAAUCUUUCUGUCCGAUAAUCUGCUCACCACGCUAGACCUCGGCACUGUUGCAUUGAUGAGCAAGCUGAAGACUCUGUUUUUGGAAAACAACAAACUGACCGAUUUGUACGCGAAUGUUCCGAGCGCAAACCAGACGCAAAUGUUGCACCCAGGAAUGGAGGACGAACGUGAACGUGCUGAAUUCUGUUCGUGGCGUCAGUACUACAUUAGCCAAGAGCAGACGGAAGAAGAGCUCAGCACGCCCAGCUGCACGGACUAUUUUGCUACGCUGCUAUCGCUUCAUCUCGCUCGCAACAAUAUUGUGCAUGUCAAUUUCAGCAUCUUCAGCUUGAUGAAUAAUCUGAAUUCGCUGGAUUUGUCGAAAAAUCGGUUGAUCGAUUUGAUUGCUCCCGACGAUGCGGUACCGAUCAGGCUGAGCGAGCUGUUCGUUUCAAACAACAACAUAACGGAGGUCUACUUGAAACCGUUCGUCUCGAUGAAAGCAAUCUAUCUGUAUGACAAUAAUGUGAAGGGCUUGAAUAUGAGCAGCUUGCCGGACGAUCUAGACUAUUUAAAUCUCAUCAACAAUCCGCUGAAUUGCGAAGCUUUGCCCCAUUUGAAUCGACGCUCCGCGAUACCGGUCUUAGGUCCGUACACGGAAUGUUGA